AUGCUCGCCACGACAAUACGGUCGCCUCCUUCAGUGGAAGACUACAUCCCCCUAUCCGAUUAUCAAUCACAAACGCCAGAAUCAUUCAGCGACGGCAAGCCCGUGCUGCACUUCCACCUCAAAGGCGCUGUCGCAUCCAUUCCCAAAUCGCAAUGCGGCACACUCACCAUCUUCCCUACCGACUCGCCCUCCGCUGAGAAUGCUGUCGCCAGAACAAACGGUGAUGCCGAGGAAUUGGUUGAGCAAAAGGUAGACGUGUUUGUAAACUCAGAACACUUCACAAUCUUCAGCGAAAAGACAGAAUCAGGCGUCUCAAUACCCUACCCAUCCAUCUCCAUCCACGCAGUAAAACAAGUUACCGCGCAAGAUGGCUCCAACACCCCCGCCAUUUGGAUGCAGCUCGAGUUCUCAGACGGCGGAGCCGACGAUGACGACUUCAACACCGUGGAGCUGACGAUUGUGCCCCCGUCGAGCGAAUCACCCGGUGCUGCGCAGCAGCUAUACGACGCGAUUGCCAAUUGCUCAAACCUGCACCCCGACCCGAUUAACGGUGACGAAGAAGAAGAGGACGACUACGAUCGCAUUGUGUUCGAGGGCAACACGGAACAAGAGCCUGUUGACGGCUUCACAGGGGUUUUGCGAGGUGCCGCGGACGGGGGACUGCCACCGCCUAUGCCAGGGAGUGGCGGCUGGAUUACCGCGGAAAAUGUUCACGAGUAUUUUGACCAGGAUGGGAAUUGGAUCAAGGGCGGUGCAGAGGGUGAGGAAGAUGGUGAAGAGGAGCCGGGUGAGGGGGCAGGCAGGACGAGACCGCGGGAGGAGCUUGAAGCCGAUGGGGUGAAUGGGGAUGAUGCCGAGACAAAACGACCGAGGGUUGAGUAG